CGCGAGUGGCAGUCGAAGCAUAUUGAAUGAUGCAGAGUUAAUGGAAGUGUACGUAUGUCAACAAAGCAUUAUUUUAAUUCAUCAUCUGUCUCCUCCUCCUCGUCCACCACCACGGCCUUUCUCUAUGAGCUAUCCUCUCCUCUCCUACCCCUGAUUUCCACUCCAAUGGCCACCCACAACCGCCAAAACCAUACCCUCAACGGCGACCACUGCCACUCUACCAUACCCAUUACCAAGAGGCCCAAACUUUCUUCACCGUCUCCCACCUCCUUUAUCACCCACUCCCAAAUCCAAUCUGAAUUCUCCCACCAUGACUUAUCCGUCGCUCGCAUCAACAACGGCAGUUUCGGCAGCUGCCCUCAGUCUGUCAUCUCCGCUCAGCAACGCUGGCAGACCCAGUUCCUCCGCCAGCCUGACCACUUCUACUACAACCAGCUCAAGCCUGGUAUCCUCCACUCUCGAUCCAUCGUCAAAUCCUUAAUUAAUGCUGACCAAGUCGACGAGGUCUCCCUCGUCGACAACGCCACCACCGCUGCCGCUAUCGUCUUGCAGAAAUCUGCGUGGUCCUUUUCCGAAGGUAGAUACAACAAAGGCGAUGUUGCUGUAAUGCUUCAUUAUGCUUACGGAGCUGUGAAGAAGUCCGUUGAAGCUUACGUCACGCGCGCUGGUGGGCAUGUGAUCGAAGUUCAGUUGCCGUUUCCGGUGAAAUCGAAAGAGGAAAUCAUUACCGAAUUCCGGAAGGCUUUGGAGAAAGGAAAAGAGAAUGGGAAGAAAGUGAGGCUGGCUGUGAUUGAUCAUGUCACUUCCAUGCCUAGCGUGGUGAUUCCUGUUAAAGAAUUGGUUAAGAUUUGCAGAGAGGAAGGUGUAGACCAGGUUUUUGUUGAUGCAGCUCAUGGGAUUGGGUGUGUUGAUGUUGACAUGAAAGAAAUUGGGGCUGAUUUCUAUACCAGUAAUUUGCAUAAAUGGUUUUUUAGUCCACCUUCUGUUGCGUUUUUGUAUUCAAGAAAGUCGAACGAUAAAGGCAAUGAUGAUUUGCAUCACCCUGUGGUUUCCCAUGAGUAUGGUAAUGGGUUGGCACUGGAGAGUGCUUGGAUUGGAACUAGGGACUACAGUGCUCAAUUAGUAGUUCCUUCGGUUUUGGAAUUCAUCAAUAGAUUUCCAGGUGGGAUUGACGGAAUCAAGAAGAGGAAUCAUGAGGCUGUUGUUGAAAUGGGGGAGAUGUUAGUUAAGGCAUGGGGGACUCAUCUUGGGUGCCCGCCAGAGAUGUGUGGGAGCAUGAUCAUGGUUGGAUUACCUGCUUGUUUGAGGAUUUCGAGUGAGUCAGAUGCUUUGAAGUUGAGGACUCAUUUGAGAAAUAAUUUUGGAGUUGAAGUCCCAAUAUAUUUUAGGGCUCCAAAGGAUGGAGAGGUUGAUCCUAUUACUGGGUAUGCUCGGAUUUCUCAUCAAGUCUACAACAAGGUUGAGGAUUACUACAAAUUUAGGGAUGCCGUCAACAAAAUUGUUAGUGAUGGCAUUACUUGUGCCUGUCUCCCUAAUUGAAGAGUUAGAGGCACACUAGAAGUAUUCCAAUGAAUAACAGCCAUUAUACUUGGCCAGUGGUCAUGGUUUCGGUACCAUGAACCCCUAACCUCCCUCCUCAAAAACAUGGACGAAUGCAUCACAGCUGCAGCAUUUGUUUCAAUGUUAUGAACUUGUCAGUUGUUAUCAUAAGAGAUCUUUUUGUAAAUGUUUCGAUGACAAUUUUAGCAUUUGCAUGCUUUAAUUCUUCAACCAUGUAAAUAAGCCUGACUUAAUAUAGACUGGACUGGACAGUCGUUCAUGAAAAUGAAUUUGCAUGUAUGUCCCAUUGACCAA